AUGCGUCGCGCUGAACAUGAUCAUUCUACAACAACUAAUACCACAGCAGCCACCAGUACAGGUGCUACUACUACUACUACUACUACUACUACUACUACUACUACUACUAAAGCAACAAAAAAGAAGAAUACCGGUCCUUUUGCUAGUCCUGAUGUUCUUCAAGAUGGUACUUUGUUCUAUAUCGGUAUCUCUAUUACUGUCUUACUUUGGACCACUGGUAAAAUCAUUGAUGUCAAGACUGAACGUCAAGAAAGAUACGCUGAAAGUCUUGUUCAUAGCAUUUAG